AUGUCCUCCACACCAGUGAAAGAUGCUGCGAAGCAGCUCGUGAAGACUUUAGAGAAGUUUCCAGCGGAAAGAAUAAAACAUAUGCAGUGCUUUCGCGAUGUUCAGCUCUCGAGGUUUAGGAGGAUAGCAGGCCUGGAGUCAGCACCAAAAGACACCAAGAAGCCUUCCAUCAGCGACAUUAAGGAUAUACUAAACAGAACAUCGGGCCCUCUCGGGUUGCGUAAAGAUUUGUUGAAGAAAAUGGCGAAUGCGAUGCCGCAGGAGCAUUUCACGCCGACGUCCAUUGAGCAACAGCGCCUGGCGCUUGAGCGGAUUCUUUCAAACCGCUACAAGACCCACUACGAGGUCGGUGACAAACUCUACAAGCCGGCUGGUAAGCCGCAGUACUAUGAGAGGCUCCUUGCGGAAGUUCAAGGACGCAGCAAAGAGUCGUUGCUCACAGCUAUGAGAACAGUCCUCUUUGGAAAAUGA